AUGGAAAGUGUUAAUGCGAAAUAUGUGUCUCAGAAAAUCAGCAAAGUGAGAUGGCGGCCGGUAUCGCUUUCGUCUCUACAACAGCCCGAAAUCUUUGCGACUGGUUCUUGGGAUAACGAGGACAACAGAGUUACUUUUUGGUCUAUUGGAAAUCAAGGACAUUCUUCUUUGGGGGAGGGAUUCGAUGAAGAUCCGCAGCUAUUGUGCGAACACAAACAUGAGGGAGAUGUUCUUGAUUUUCAAUUCCUGGACCAAGACAGAGUCAUAACGGCGUCAUCAACAGGAGGAGUUACCAUAUUCCGCUACAAUCAAAGCAAACAAGCACUAUCUGUCGCGCACCAGUGGGCAAGAGCCCAUCAUUACCCUUGUGAAAAUGCCCCCUGUACGAGUGUCAUGUGCAGCAGCCCUGAGAUUGUUACUGCUGGUGAAGACGGCAGGAUUAUUGUCUACAGAGCUGACCAGGAAGGAAUAGUUCGAGUAAUAGAUAAUGCUGAUAGCAGCACGAUUCAUGCCAUCACUUACCUGAAGACAACUGAGAUCCUGACAGUGAAUUCCAUUGGUCAAUUAAAAAUUUGGGAUUUCAGACAGCAGAGCAACACCCCAGCUCAGAUUCUUUCCCUGUCAGGUGAUCGCGUCCCCCUGCACUGUGUGGACAGGCAUCCAAACCAGCAGCACAUUGUGGCCACAGGAGGCCAGGAUGGAAUGCUCUGUGUUUGGGAUGUAAGACAAAGCAACACACCUUUCUCACUCAUGGAGGCACACUCUGCUGAAAUGUGGGAAGUCCAUUUCCACCCAACAAACCCAGAUCAUCUGUUCACAUGCUCAGAAGAUGGAUCCCUGCUGCACUGGGAAACGUCCUCACCUUCAGACAUGCCCUCUUUCCUGCAAGGUGGUAGAAACAACAGCAUGGUAUCCCGCAGUGCGAUGGCUCCCGCUGGAGGCAACCAGUCCCUCAUUAACGCGUGGCUCAGCGGAGACUCUAGUAAAGGUCGUCUGGAGACAACUCACAUGCUGCCCAGCCAAACGCUAGCCGUAAACAGUUUGGAUGUACUUGGACAGUGUCUCGUAUGUGGGACUGAUGGAGAGGCUAUUUUUGUCAACAGACAAGUCCCAGUUUAG